CAUAAGUGGGAUAGUAUAAUGCACUACUGGCUAUGCUGUUCUCACGUAUGGGCUCACGCUUGCUCGACAUGGUGAACGUCAAGGCAAGACGCCUGUGCAGGAAUAGUUAGGCGGUGGCAUGGCAGACACACUCCAUAUCUUAGAGCGUUGCUGUGUGCAUGUGUACCAGCGUGUGGAUGGCGACGCUCGCGCUGUCCACGCUGUUUGUGAGAAAGUCAAGGAGCUUGGCGGUAAAGCAGCUCCUCGCCUCAGCAAGGAAGUCACGCAUGUUAUAUUCCAGCGGAAACUAAAUUCAUCAUACCAAGAGCGGUUAUUGGAGGACGAGCUCCUGCGGGAAAUAUACAAGAAGGCCCAGAAGAAUGUCUUCGUGGUGUCGCCGCUGUGGCUGCAACACUCUCAAGACGCCGGCAAGCAGGCCAAGGAGGCACGGUACCUUGAGAGGCGUCCCCCUGAACCCCUCUUCAUUACGGCAAGCCCUGACAAGUCAGGCAACAAACGCAAGCGGAAAUCGUUUACCGUACGGCCGCGUGAAACCCUGGAGCUGGCCGAUAUCAACGAUGCGAUGUUCAGCAGCAGCCAGCAGAUCCGCGAGCUCACGGGGGCUGGCUGCUCCGGUGUCGGCAAGCCGGUGACGCAGCUAGUUGCCGGAGAGGAGGAAGAGGAGGAAGAAGAUGAGGAGCCGCAGCCCAAGCGGCAAGAAACCGCGGUAGGAGUAGCGGUGGGCCGCGUUGCGCAGAAGGAUGCCGCUGGAAGCAGCCGGUUGGGGGGGCCAGCUGCCAAGCAGCCGCUUGCUGCGAAAGGCGGCCUCCGGCAGAUGCCGCUUAACUUCGCGGUCAUACCUAAGAAGCCACUGCCACCCUCGCUAAUGCCGCCGCCGCAACAGCCCGUGCGCGGGGCCCCACCUGCGGCGCCGGGUGCCACCGCACCUGCUGCAGCGGCGAACGCAGGGGCCGCAGCAGCAGGGCCUGGCCCGGUCACAGCCGAGGCCGGAGCAGCCGCUGGGCCCUCUAGGUCUCUAUUCGCUGGCAGGAAACCUCCUCAAAUAGCAAGGUUACCAGAAGUGCAGCAGCCCGCACCUAACUACCCUAAGCAGGAGGACGGGCGUGGGGAAGCUGCAGUCCAACCGGCAGAUGCCCCUGAUCCGGGGCCUGCCACCCGAAGGCGCAGCGUGUUGGCCGAACCUCCCCCUGCCAGUGCCCGAAAGCGGCAGCCGCCGCCGCCGUCGCCAGCGCCGCAGGCUGGGCAGCAGCCGCAGGGGCAGGUGCCGUCAUCGGAUGAGGCGACGGGGCAAGCAGGCAGCACUCCGCAACCAACGGGGCAGGCAACACGCUACCCCGCGCUGUCCUGUCUCGCGGUCUCGGUGGGCGGUGCCAAAUCCUCGGGAGCAGGCCGGCCUCUCCAAGGUGAGGCAGAAGCCAACCAGGGCAACGCAUCUAACGAGCGUGGUGGCGAUGCGGCUACCGGAGCCGCGGCCGCACCCGCUCGACCGCCGAGCGCCACCAGAGGCGGGCGCAGUCGCCAGGCCUCCCCACUUCACAACGCACCCGCGCAAGCCGUGCCUACUCCUGGCAGCACCGAUCCUGCAGCAGGACCGCGGUCCCAAGCUGCAGCCGCAGCAGGCGCCGGGAAUAACAAGCCUGGCGGCGGCGCUUUGAGCGCGGCCGUGGCUGACGCCGUUGCGUUGGCUGCUGCCAUGACGCGUACGUCAGGACGUCGUGGCUCCCGCUCGUGCAUGGGCACGCCCGUGCUUGGGAAGGGCAAGACGCUCACGACGCCCACAGGGACGCCGCAGGGGCUAACGCCGGUCGCCCUGGUGGUGCCCAGGCUGAAGUCUCAGGGCAGCGCGAACCCCUCUCGCUCGGGGACAGCCACACCAGAGGCAGGGGCUGGGGCGGGCGGGCCGUCAGCAGCGGCACCGGCCGAAGCGCUAGCAGCUGCCAUGAAGGAGUGUGGAGCAGCGGAAGGGGCGCCGCUGGAGAGGGCUGGGAGCUUGGGCGAGGCCUCGCCCACGGCCAGGCGAAGGAAGCGGGAUUCCUCCCAGGGAAGCGCUGUGGUGGGAACCUCAGGCUCGCAGCUCCCAGAUCCCCCUGCGGAACAGGCAUUGCCUGUGGCUGUGAUGCCGGUCUCGGUGCGCCGUAGCACCCGUGCACGUGCGGGGCUGCCACCCACACCACCACCCGCUCCCAGCCUUUCCCCCUUGCCGCCUCUGCCACCGGCUGCGCCUGCAAGCGCGCGGGCGCCCCAGCCGGGCCAGGGGGCGUUGGAGCUAGGCAGCGCGUUGGGGUCGGCAGCGGAAUGGGAUGGAGGUUCUACGACGCCAGUCCUACUCGGGGCCAAGAAGACAGCUGCUCGCGCAUCAACCGCAGGUGUGGGGCGAGACGGCGAGGAGGAGCAACCCGAGGAGCAGGCAACUCCAUGUUUGCGCGGGAUGCAGCAGGACGGCAUGGAGGCGGCCGACGGCGGGAAGGAGACCCAGGGCAGGUGUGCGGGCAAUGCCACAGGCCGUAAGACGCAACGGAAGGGCCGAAAGGCCACGCCCUUACAGCUAUCGCCUGUGGAGGUUGCCCAUGGUGGCUUGGCUGGCAAUGGAGGGGCACAGUCGCUUGAUGCAGCAGCAGCAGCGGGGCAUGCGGCCGACAGCGAUGCGGGGGCAUGCGAAAGAACGACGGUCACUGGCGCCCUUCCUGCCGGUCAGACUCCAGGCUCCGUGCUGCGGAGGUCUACCCGCAUUGCCGCUUGCUCUCCCCUUGUGCUGGCCCCAAGCGGCACGUGCCCGACACCGGGGCCUGGAGCGGGUGCAAAGCAGAAAGACGUGGUAGCUGAGGCAGGCGGUGGACAAGCCCCGCAGGAAGAGCAGCAGCAGCAGCCGGAUCCUGGCCAAGUGUGGGAGGGCUUCAAGCCGCCCCUGCCCCCAGUUCAUCGAAUGUGCCCACUGCAGUCGCAACCACCGGCACCGCCACCAGCGUCGCGUUCACGGAAAAGACAGUGCCAUGAAGGAGCGGGAUCCGUUGAGACGGUGGAUCUCACGACGGAAGACGAGAAGGAGGAGGAGGAGGCCGCCAAGGGCCCGACGCCGCUUGGCAGGCGGAACCGGCGGCGUGGUCGGGAAGGAGCGAAUGCGGACAGGGCGGGUCCUCAGCAUCCCGAGGUGUUCGUGUUACCCUCGCCAGCGCUCUGCACGCGGUCACGCUCGCGCGCCGCCGCUACACCACCGCCUCUGCAAGCUGCGGAUGUCCCGGCCGUCAUUAGGCCUGCAUUACCUGUCCCAGACCCGCAAGCAGCACCAGCAGCGGUAACUGAGGUGCCGCAGACGUUGGCGUUGGCGCUUUCGCCACUGCAGGUGCCGGCUCGUAACCCGUCCCCAAGCAGUCACGCACGGCGACGGCGUGGCGAGCAGCACAGCGAGGCCAGGCAGCAGCAGCAGCUGCAGCCGUCUGAGCCGCAGACGGAGCAGCCAUCUUCAAUCGCUCUAACCGCCACGCAGCAGGCCCAUGCGGGAGUAACGCCGAUCACCGCUAGCAAGUACAUGACCCGCUCCCAGCGCAAGUGCUUGCCGGUUGAGGUGGAGGAGGGGCCCAGCUGUCCUAAAGUGGAAGACGCUGCCAUGGCCUUGACCGCGCCUAGCCCGCUGCAACGACCGGGCAGCGUUACCAGAUCCCGGCGGCGAGCUCUUGACACCGAGCUAUCGGCGGCAGCGCAUGGUGAUGCCACCAGCAGCAAGGAGCCCGGUACAGCAGCAGCUGCAGCUCAGCCGCCGGCGCCAGCCGCAGCUGCAGCAGCUCCAGCUCGGAUGGCCUCCGCCUUGCAAACCGUCGCUGAGGAGGGCGGGCCGGAGACUGGUGACGACGCGUGUGGAGGCGGAGCAGCGGAGCAGGCCCCGCCAAGGACGCGUCGCACACCGUCUGUGGCCAAGGGUGCGGCAACAGUGGCGGCUGCGGCGGCGGGUGCCACUCCCGCUGCUGGCCGUACGACAAGACGGACAGGCGGUGCCAGCGCUCAAAAGCCACCUGCUUCAGAGCAGCUGCCGGCUGUUGCCGAGUCCAGCGCCGCAUGUGCUGCAGGCCAGGUAGCACAAGAGCCUGUGGCAGCAGCAGCAACAACAACGGCAGUAAAGGAGGCGACAGCUGGGACAGUAGAGGCGGCGCAGGCGAUGGCGCCGCCGGCCGUGGCUGCGGCGACGGCUUUAGCUCCGCCGCGCCAGGUGCCUCGCCCGCAGCAGCCCAACAGGUUACGGCUGCAAAAGCGUGCGGCUGCUCUUCCGCCCCGGGCCGCCUCCUCCGAACUGGGCGCAUCCCAGGGCCUAUCCGUGGGCCAACCUGCUGCGUCUGCGCAGACUACCUCAGCCAUGGGGAUCAAACGCUGUAGCUCCAAGGCCGAUGCGCCUGCGGCCUCGCUUUUCUCCAACCUGAAGCGGAAAGCGACACAGGAUGCCCAGGCAGCUGCGCCGUCGACGGUUUCUGCUUCCCUGCUCGCCAGCCGUUCCGAGCCCAGCGCCCGGCAACCCAUUGCCGCCUCCGCUGGAGAGGUAGUGCAAGCGAGCGCAGAGGCGCAGGAGCCCCUAGCUCCUGCUGGCGGCGCCAAUACCGAACAGGAACGCAAGCAUGGGGAAGCGGGCGCACAAGCCAAGCCUUUCUCCAGCACUACAGGUGGUGCUGCAGCAGCAGUUCCUGCGUCCAAGCCUUCCGACGCUGCAAAGCCUAAGCCGGGGCAGCGGCCGCCGGCAGCGGCAGCGGCUUCCGGCGGCCCUGCCAAGGCUGCGGCUAAGCGGACCGAGAGUGCUGGUGGCAAAGCUAGCCGGGCUCAGGGCGUCAAGGCUCGCUCGCCAGCCAUGCCAAUGAGUGAAACAGCGCUCGGCGCGUCGGCGGGGCCCGCCACCACAGCGGCAACCUCCACAGCUACACGUGUUGAGGCGACCAGGACAGUGGAUGAGGCAGCAGCGGCGGGGGCGGCCACCAGCAGCGCGGCGGCUCCGGCUCGGGGAGGGGCGCUUGGUUCACGGGGUGGCGGUACCAAGGGGCAGCACGGCAGCAAGGGCGCCAAGCAUCUGAUGCACACGUGCCUGGACAACACCGCGAAGUCGGCUAUGCAAAAUGCUGUACGGCAGUUGGAAGGCGCCAGGCUGUGUUCCGCGGACCACAAGGGCCCCAUCACGCACCUGGUCCUGGGUUCCGCCGCGAAGCGGACCGUCAAGGUGCUGCUGGCCAUAGCCAACGGCGCGCUGUUCGUAACGCCCGCCUGGGUGACAGAGUCGCUGAAGGCGGGGCGCUGGCUGCCGGAAGACGAGUUCCCGGCUCAGGGUAACUUCGCGGAGACGGCCCGUGCGGUGCGGGCGUUGCUGCCGGCAUGGCAGCAGCAGCAACGACAACAGCAGCGGCAGCAGCAGGGCGCGGAGGGGAGCACGGCGGCCGCAGCGCCCCUCACGCCCAGCGGGCGGGUUGUUGCCAAGCCGCUUGCAGGCCGGCAGGUGUGCGUGCUCGGUACGCCCUUUGUCUUCGCCAAGAUGUCUGAAGCGGCCACACGCAAGGCAGAUCUGGAGCGGCUGCUCGUGGCGCUGGGUGGAGAGCUCGUCCCCGCCCGCUCGGCUACCCUGUUCGUGGCGUUGGGCGAUGCCACCCAAACUGCCGAGCGACGCAGCCACGCCGGCAACGCUGCCGCUCAAGUGGUCGAGGAGGAGUGGCUGUACCGACUAGCCGAGACGCACGUUUGGCAGGAUCCGCCAGUAUCAGCGCAGGCAGCGCCGCCCCAGUAAUGAGGGCGCCUGGUUGGACUUGCAUGUGAGCUGGUUGUGCCGUGUUUUGGUUGACAAUGACCAGGUGUGUUGGGAUUACGUUGACGUGUGCGUCGGUGGCGUCGUAUGCAUGGGGGUUUAGGGGGACCCAUGGUGACCUCAUCUGGGCCUAGGACUUGGGAACUAUCAAGAGCGUGGUUGGAUAGACGCUGUGUAAUUGUUGUGCGCUAACGCAGGGAGUGGUCGCGCCGUGCUUUCACGUUGACUAAGGCUUACGGUUAUGCAAAGGAGGUAGCAACAAACCUGAGCGUCGAGGGAG